AUGACCCGCGAGCAAGGCCAGUCCGAACUGAUCCAGAAGGCCCACGCGGCCCUGGAAAAGUAUGAAUCUCGGCUCCGCGAGAUCAACCAGAAGAUUUGGUCUAAUCCUGAGCUCUCAUUUGAGGAGCAUAGCGCGCACGAUAAUAUCUGCGACUUUUUCACUGCUCUCGGAGAGGAAUACCAAGUGAAGCGAAAAGCCUAUGGCAUCAACACAGCUUUUGAGAUCAACCACAUGCGGGGCCAGGGUGGACGGGUGGUUGCAUUCAAUGCCGAAUAUGAUGCCUUGCCAGGAAUUGGGCAUGCCUGCGGUCAUAAUUUGAUCGCAACCAGUUCCAUUGCCGCCUUCCUAGCCACCUGUGAUGCCAUGGAUGCUCUAUACUCUGACGAUAUCGGCUAUUCGGUGCGCCUCUUGGGAACUCCCGCCGAAGAAGGUGGAGGUGGCAAACUGCUCUUGAUAAAUGCAGGCGCUUACAAAGAUGUUGACGCCUGUUUUAUGGUCCAUCCAUUCCCCGUUCUGCCCGGGGCUCCAGAUUUGUUGAGCUCCAGCUCAUGCGCUGGUCAGUAUUUGGCGAAUGAUAAGGUCGAAGUGACCUUCACAGGCAAGCCGGCUCAUGCGUCCGCGGCACCUUGGGAAGGUGUCAAUGCUCUGGAUGCAGUUGUUGCGGCGUAUGUGAACAUCUCGAUGCUGCGCCAGCAAAUCUUGCCGACACAGAAGAUUCACGGCGUGGUACUGAGAGGUGGCGAACGGCCCAAUGUCAUUCCGGCGUCCACAACGCUGGACUACUAUAUCCGAUCGGACACAGUCAAAACACUCAAGCCACUCACAGAGAGAGUUUUGAAAUGUUUCGAGGCGGCCGCGACGGCAACAGGGUGCACAGUAGAAUACGAAUGGGAGCCUGCAUACAAGGACAUGAAAUUCAACCGUCCAAUCUGCCAAAAUUACACCAAUGUCAUGAACGCUAUGGGCUAUAGUACAAUCUACGAUGCAGCCGGUCAAGAAGGAGGGCUCAGCGGAGGAUCUACCGAUAUGGGCAACGUAUCAUACGAGGUCCCUGGAUUCCACGGUGGCUUCUACAUCCAGACCGAUGGCGUGAAUCACACUCCAGAAUUUACAGCCGGUGCGGGAUCUGAAGAAGGAUUCAAACGUAGUCUUUAUUGUGCGGCUGGAAUGGCGGUUGUUGGAUGUCAGAUGUUGACGGAUGAUGUAUUUGCUGCGGCUGUUCAGGCCGAUUUUAAAAAGACAGAUGAUAUAGAGCUCUAG